AUUCUCCAGAUCAACAUGGCGACCUGCAUGAAGAUGAUCGGCGCUGCCAGGCAGCUACACAAACAUUCCUCUCUUCUUGUCAAAUUUAACCGGUCAGUGGCGUUCAGGACCGCCAGCUGCCGCCUCCUCCUCCCCGACACAGCAGCCCACAGCCGGAUCCAACCUCCGCGGUCCUCCUCCAGCAGCAGCAGCAGCAGCAGCAGCACUUCUCAGAGGACAUGCACCUUAUCGACAGCUGGCUGCAGGCUGAGCAGAACUCCUCGAUGGAUGCGUGUCGGGACUGUUCUCCCUGGCCACACCGACCUCUUCACACACACAUCUCGACAUGCGACGAUUCAGGGCAGGAUGUUUGGGAACCGGGCCAGCGAUGCAGGCUUCUCCGGGGAGGACGGCGGGGACAGUGCAGGCUCCGCAGGGGGAGAGUCUGGAGGGGAUGGCGGUGCCCCGUACAACGGAGCUCAGAUGACGGCUCUCACCCCCCUGAUGGUCCCAGAGGUGUUUCCUAAUGUGCCGCUGAUCGCUGUGAGCAGGAACCCGGUGUUCCCCCGCUUCAUUAAGAUCAUAGAGGUAAAGAACAAAGAGCUGAUGGAGCUGUUGAGGAGGAAGGUUCGUCUGGCUCAGCCGUACGCCGGAGUCUUUUUGAAGAAAGAUGACAAUAAUGAGUCAGACGUGGUGGAGUCUCUAGAUGCCGUCUAUUCUACAGGGACCUUUGUUCAGAUUCAUGAGAUGCAGGACCUUGGAGACAAGCUGAGGAUGAUCGUCAUGGGACACCGCAGGAUCCGGAUCACAGGACAGCUGGAGGUGGAGCCUGAUGAGGCAGCAACGUCUCCUGUGUGGUCAGAGCCUGAAUCAGAAUCCCAGCCCAAAACUCCACCAAGACGCAAAGCCAAACGCAGCCGCAAGGACCAACCGGCUUCUCCGACAGAGCAGCUGGAAGACAAGAUAACAGAAGCAGACCUGAGUCCAGAACUUCAGCCUCUGCCCUCCUCUAACAUCCUGAUGGUCCAAGUGGACAACAUUGAACAUGAACAGUUCACCGUCACAGAAGAAGUCAAGGCGCUGACGGCAGAGAUAGUGAAGACCAUCAGGGACAUCAUCGCCCUGAACCCUCUCUACAGAGAGUCGGUCCUCCAGAUGAUGCAGGCUGGUCAGAGAGUGGUUGAUAAUCCCAUCUACCUCAGCGACAUGGGAGCAGCUCUGACAGGAGCAGAGUCCCAGGAAUUACAAGACGUCCUGGAAGAGAUUAAUAUCCCGAAGCGUCUCUACAAGGCUCUGUCUCUGCUGAAGAAGGAGUAUGAGCUGAGUAAACUGCAGCAACGACUGGGUCGAGAGGUGGAAGAGAAGAUCAAACAGACCCACAGGAAGUACUUACUACAGGAGCAGCUCAAGAUCAUUAAGAAGGAGCUGGGUUUGGAGAAAGAGGACAAAGAAGCGAUCGAGGAGAAGUUUCGAGAGAGACUCAAAGAGAGGGUUGUCCCACAGCACAUCACGGACGUCAUCAACGAAGAACUCAACAAGCUGGGACUGCUGGACAACCACUCCUCAGAAUUCAAUGUCACGAGGAACUACCUCGACUGGCUGACCAGCAUGCCCUGGGGUACCAAUAGUGAAGAGAACUUAUCACUGGCAAGAGCCAGAGAAGUUCUGGAAGAGGACCAUUAUGGGAUGGAAGAUGUUAAAAAGCGUAUUUUGGAGUUCAUCGCAGUGAGUCAGCUGCGGGGCUCCACCCAGGGGAAGAUCCUGUGUUUCUACGGUCCUCCAGGUGUAGGAAAGACAUCCAUUGCCCGCUCCAUAGCCAGAGCCCUGAACAGACAGUACUACAGGUUCAGCGUGGGAGGCAUGACUGAUGUGGCUGAGAUUAAAGGACACAGGAGAACGUAUGUUGGAGCGAUGCCAGGAAAGAUCAUCCAGUGCCUGAAGAAAACCAAGACAGAGAACCCUCUGGUGCUGAUAGACGAGGUCGAUAAGAUGGGUCGUGGUUACCAAGGCGACCCAUCCUCUGCACUGCUGGAGCUUCUGGACCCUGAACAGAACGCCAACUUCCUCGACCACUACCUGGAUGUUCCUGUAGAUCUGUCAAAGGUUUUGUUCAUCUGCACGGCCAAUGUGAUUGACACCAUCCCAGAGCCUCUCAGAGACAGGAUGGAAAUGAUCAAUGUUUCUGGAUAUGUGGCUGAGGAGAAACUGGCUAUAGCUGAGCAAUACCUGGUCCCUCAGCUCCGCUCUCUGUGCGGUCUGACUGAGGAGAAAGCCUCAAUCUCUCCUGAUGCCCUGAGUCUGCUCAUCAGACAGUACUGCAGGGAGUCUGGAGUCAGGAACCUGCAGAAACAAGUAGAAAAGGUUUUCCGUAAGGUGGCAUUCUCUAUUGUCAGCGGUGAACACUCGGAUGUGACUGUUACGCCUGACAACCUGCAGUUAUAUGUGGGCAAACCUAUUUUCACUGUGGAUCGAAUGUACAAUAUCACCCCACCGGGAGUGGUUAUGGGACUCGCAUGGACUGCUAUGGGAGGGUCAACGCUGUUUAUCGAGACUUCAUUGCGUCGUCCUUCUGGAGGAGCAGACUCUAAAGGAGAGGGCUCACUGGAGGUUACAGGUCAGCUGGGUGAUGUCAUGAAGGAAAGUGCAAAGAUCGCUUCAACCUUUGCCAGAGCCUUCCUGAUGACUCAAGAACCAGAAAAUCACUUUCUGGUGAACUCCCACCUGCACCUCCAUGUCCCUGAGGGGGCGACUCCCAAGGAUGGACCAAGUGCUGGCUGUACCAUUGUUACAGCGUUGUUGUCCCUGGCAACCAAGCAGCCAGUGCGUCAGAACGUAGCCAUGACUGGUGAAGUGUCACUUACUGGAAAAAUACUGCCAGUAGGAGGAAUCAAAGAGAAAACUAUUGCUGCCCGUCGCGCUGGGGUGACAUGCAUCAUCCUGCCAGCGGAGAACAGAAAAGACUUCUCUGACCUGCCUGACUACAUCAGCCAGGACCUGGAGGUCCACUUUGUUGAUCACUACAGCCAAAUCUACCCUAUCGCUUUCCCACAGGAGCAGUCUUAACCUGCUUUUGAUUUUCAUGGCACAUAACACAGAACCUGUUUGUUACCACAUGACACUGACUUUCGUCACUGACUGACGUCAUUUUCUCUGGAGAACUGGAGUCUAGCAAAUAUGCAGUUGGAAGUCCUGUUGUGUAGAAUGGACUAUAUUAUCUCUUCCAAAAUCUGGAACAGCGGACUUGGUGAUCACAUUUAAAACUCAGUUUCAGCCACGUCAGGAAUGUAGGAGGACGUCACGUGACCGAAGACAACAUCAAUGACUGCCCCAAAGAUGGACAUAAAGUCAGUGAUGAUGGUGUUGAUGAACACUGGUCGGUCAUCACAGGAUGUGAUGUCAUCACUGAGGAGAUGAGGUGGCAACUUUGCUGCCAGGCAGCCUCGUUACCCACAGGCCUUAUUACAUAGGGCUGUGGAUGGACUCUUACACAGAUUUUUUUUUUUAUUAUAUAUUGUUAUUGGCCAGAUGUGAUAAUGAUGUUGAAAUAAAUUUAAUUUAAAAAAUGUAAUUAAAAAACUCUGAUAUUAUCUUUAUAA